GGCAUUCAUAGAUCCAAUUGGUAGAAUUUGAAUGUUUCUUUGAUUUGCGGGUUUACUCAUGAUGGGAUUCUGGUGGAAGGUCUGUUCUAGAAGGAUGUUGGCAAACUGAUUGAUGAUUAUAGCGGAGAUUCUCGAAAGAAUAAAUGAACUCAAACAGGACGAAUAGAUAUGACACAACAGAGUACGGGAUGGGUGGUAAGGCAUCCACACAUGGAGAUGUUUACAGUUAUGGGAUCCUUCUAUUGGAGAUGAUCACAAGAAAGAGGCCAACAGAUGACAUGUUUAAGGACAAUUUGAGCCUUCAUCACUUAGAAAAAUCAGCUUUUCCAGAGCAAGUAAUGGAGAUUAUAGAUCCAAGACUUCUCCAAGAAGAUGCUCAAGCUAUCAACUUGAGAAAUAUUCUUGAAGCAAAAAGCUCGCAACAACUGGCUUGAAGAAGGUGACCGCAACACCAAAUUUUUCCACCUGUCUGCCACAGAUAGAUCCAGGAGGACCAGAAUUGGAGAGAUUCAGUUGGAUACAGGCACGGUCACUACAAAGCUAACGUUGAUCAAGGAAGCAGCUGUGAACUUCUUGUCCAACCUAUUCCAAUCGGAUUCUCAGGUGCAGACGGAACAUCUGUUGGACAUCAUUCCUCAGAUUUUAUCUGCUGACGACAAUAGACAGCUUAUGGAAAUUCCAUCCAUCGAAGAGGUCAGGAAUGCAGUAAUGACUAUGCCUAAGGAUGGGGCCCUUAGGCUGGAUGGAUUCUCUAGAGCCUUUUUUGUGAGCAGUUGGGAGAUUGUUGGAGCCGAUAUCCUCAGGGCAGUCACUCACCUAUUCCAGGGAGGCAAUCUGCCUAGAGCAUAUACCACUACAUUGAUUUGUUUGAUCCCGAAAGUGUCAGCCCCCAAAAGAUUCUCCGAUUUUAGGCCCAUUAGCAUGUGCAACUGCGUGUACAAGGUUUUUGCCAAA